AUGGGCUGGCGGGCGUGGAGCCGGAGGGGCGGCGCGAUCGCUUCCGCUUCGCGCGGGGGCUGCUUCGGGCCUCAGGAAGAACGAGCGCGGCACGGGGGUGGCGGCACCGGGGCCCUCCGACACAUCGCGAGCGCGUACCUCCAGUCGGACCAGCUGUUGGGGGGUGUGUGCGGGGGGCGUAAGGCGGUGGCGUUUGCGAUAUCCCUUACCAGGGAGGGGAACCACCUGGACGGCGCUGCCGUCCUUGCCGCUUCCAUCGACGCGGCCUGUGAGACGUCGGAGUUCCUGUGCGAUCUGGUGGCGUUCUUGCACGACGAGAUCGGGCUUGGGACAGAGAACCUUCUGCGGCGAUUGGGCUUCCGGGUGAUGAGACCCGGGCUUCCCCUGAGUCUCGAUGAGAUCGAGGAUCCGGUGACAAGGGGGAGGAUUGCGAAGGGCGGCUGCUGCGGCCUGGCGGAGCUCAUGAAGCUCUUCGCGUACACGCUCACGGAAUACCACCGCGUCGUCCACCUGGACACCGACACCAUCGUGCUACAGCCGUUGGAUGCCUUGCUCGACGCGGAGGAGUCCCUGCUGUACACGGCCGACAUCAACAUGGGCAGUUCCUACACCCCCGUGAUGCCGGUGCAGGGAGGAUUUCUCGUCGUGCGCCCGGAUCCCGAGGUGUUCCAAGACCUCGUCCAGAUCGUCAAGAGGACCUCCUUCUAUCCGUCGAAAGGGUGGGGGGGCAGCAUGAUCGGUCUUUUCUGGGGAGGCGUCAACGUGCAGGGGAUUCUGCCGUACUACUACGAGCGCCGGGCUCCUGCGGGCGUCUUGUACAGAUCGGUGGACCGGAGCGUGUACAACAACAUGGUCGACAGGCCCAGCUGCCAGGCUGUCGACAUUUCUCAAGUCAGGAGUGCCCACUUCACCAAUUGCCAGAAGCCGUGGGAGUGCCUGUACCCACAUCCGAAGCAACCGCUUUGCUCACGCCUGGCGGAGCGAUGGUUCGAGAUGCGAACCCUGGCGGAAAGCGCGCUGGAGCUGCCGCACAAGGAAGCCUGCCCGACGGGAUUCCGGUCGGAAUACACCCCGAUAACGCUGCUAGCGCCGAAGUCUUCCGAAGAGCCUCACGGGCCUUGA